UCUCGGCAUGCUGGGAAGCCUUUACAGCCUUACAGGUAGCGUAGGGUAGGUCCUUGAUAGCUCUUCGUCUUCGUUGGCUUCUCGUAUUCAUUUGAUCUGAUUCCAUCCUCGUAGCGUAGCCUUCUCUUUAUGCAUUUGUUGCCGCUUUGGUUUGCUUUCUGGGAUGGGACAGACAAAUGAUGCGUUUCUUGAGGUGUUAUGCAAUCCAAACCAAUCCACAGCGCAAAAAGAUCUGAGCUUUCCGACAUCUACCUAGCUAGCUAGCUUGCUUGCUUGCUUGUACAAUAAUAUUCGAAUCAGAGCUGGGUCUGCAGUAGAGAGAAGAGGUUUGAGCUCUUUCUUUGGGCGGACCUGGGGACAGAUAUGGAGACGCGCAGCACCAGAGCUGCGGCCUACUUGCUAUUCUUCUUCUUGCUCGUGCCUCAGAGGCUUGGGUCUUGUGCCUUCAUCAAUCGACAAGGGAGACCUCUAUUGAGAUUUGGAGAGAGCACAGAAGAUGACCCAACUGGAUCUUUGUCCAAUCGGGGAGUGGGCUGCUCAGAUGAUGGCAAGGUGGUAGCCUUAACACCUGGAUGCUCCAUCCAGAGACGACUCCUACGUCCACAGGACCGCCAAGGCCCGGAAUCUUCUAUCCAUACAUCAGGAGAAACCCUGCUCAAGUCUACUGACCCUGAACCUGAACGAAAAAAGCUACCUCACUGGGCAAUCUACACAAUAGCCAUCAGUGGAGGAGCACUUGUCUUUGUGGCUGCAGCUGCUGCCACUACGUAUCUGCUCUUCUAUCGUCGGAAGAAGGAUACCACUGUCAUGCCAUGGUCUACUGGACUCAGUGGACCACUCCGGAAAGCCUUCGUGGCAGGUGUCCCUUCUCUUGGAAGGGCAGAGCUUCAGACAGCUUGUGAGGACUUCAUCAAUGUGAUUGGCUCUUCGUCUGAAUGCACACUGUAUAAGGGAACUCUGUCAAGUGGAGUUGAAAUAGCAGUAGUCUCCACUUCAGCUGACUCUGCCAAGGAUUGGUCAGACAGGUCUGAGGAGAAAUUUAAGAACAAGAUAUCUGUUUUGUCCAGAGUGAACCACAAGAACUUGAUGAACCUACUGGGUUACUGCACAAGUGAAGAGCCAUUCACAAGGAUGAUGGUGUUCGAGUAUGCUCCGUGUGGUUCCCUCUUUGAGCAUUUGCAUAUUCGAGAAGCAGAAGAUCUGGACUGGCCUACACGGCUGCGCAUCAUGAUGGGAGUAGCAUACUGCCUGGAGCACAUGAGCCAGCUGGAGCCACCUGUGAUGCCGGCAACCCUGAGCUCCUCGUCCAUCUACCUCACCGAGGACUACGCGGCUAAGAUCGCCGACAUCGACUUCUGCACGGACCACGACAAAGAUGCAGAGCUGCGAGAUGAACAGAGCGUCGUGUACAGGUUCGGCAUCCUGCUGCUGGAGCUGAUCUCCGGCCGGCUGCCAUUCUCGGAGGACCACGGCCUGCUCGUGCUCUGGGCUUCCAGCUACCUGGACGGCAAGAGGCCGCUGAAUGGCAUGGCUGAUCCCAUGCUGAGGUCGUCGGUGCCUGGCGAAGAUUUAGCGGCGCUGUGCGAUGUUGUGAGGGUGUGCAUAAACCCUGAGAGGGAGAAGAGAGCGGCCAUGGGCGAGGUGGCGAGGCUGAUGAGAGGCGUCACCGCCUUGUCGCCGGAGCAGGCCACCCCGAGGGACAACCCGCUCUGGUGGGCCGAGCUUCAGAUUGCCUCCGCGGCGUAGGAGUCCGGGUGAAAAAUUCAGUUUCUUUUGCUGUAUAAAUGCUACCACAUACUACACCUUUUGCCGCUGAUCACCGUGGACGUGCAAAUCUGUACAAAUGGAGAACAAGAAAUGGCAUUUGUAACUAGAAUGCACAAUAUUACACUACUCUUUCAAGACAUGCUGGGCAUAUCAAGUUUAUA